AAACAUUCGAAAAUCAGAAUCAACAACCACCAACACUGAGAAUCCGAUUUCAGGUUCAUCUCAAAACGAUUCAUAUGAAUCUUCUGGAGCUUGGAAGCGAACAUCAUUUUCAGAGAAACGAUUAACUGUUAUUGGAACAUCUAGUUACUCUCGUGAAGAAUUAGCUGUGAUUAAGAAAACCUCUGUCAUCAAUGGAUUAGAGUAUUUACCUUUUCUUACAAUUGAUCUAAAAGAAAGGUUUGCCUUUCCGUUACCUUUCACUGAUAAAAUUGGUCAAUUAACUUUAUCAAGUAGACAGAAACAAUGUUUCCACCGAUGGCCAAUACUCAUGGAUGUUGGCAAGCGGGGUCAGGACCAGCGAAAGAUUUGUACAAUAUCGGUGAGAAUCCACAAUUUGCUUUGGACGUUUCCAGUGAUUCGACAUCAGUUUGGGUUCUAUUGACUCGGCAUAUUGUCGAUAAACAAGAUUUCGCUCAAAAUCGUGAAUUCAUCACUUUAGUUGUUUACAAAGGAACCGAAAAAGUUUAUCUACCCUUCGAUCCCGCUCCUUAUAUUGACGGAGUCCGAAUCAAUAGUCCACAUUAUCUAUGCAAGAUUAACAUUCCCGAAGGUGGAGCAACCAAAUUCGUUCUGGUCAUUUCUCAAUAUGAGAAGACGACAACCAUUUAUUACACAAUCAGAGUUUAUUCACCUGUUCUGUUUACCUUUAAACGAUUAAAUGAAUCCUAUCAAUAUGUUGAAAAGAUAACUAAUGGUUCAUGGGAUGAAUCAACUGCCGGUGGUUGUCCCAAUUUCCCGUUAACAUAUAAACUCAAUCCCGUUUAUUUACUUGAUGUCAAAGGUGCCAAUGAGGCAACGAAUGAUCUUCUCAUUGAUCUUAAAGAACCAAUGACUUCAACAUCUGAUGGAAUCAGAGUCGAAAACGAUGAAGGAAUCAAACCGAUUGUAACUGAUUAGAAAGUUGAUCAAAAA